AUGGCCGCGGUACUCCGUUCGUCCUCAGCUUUGUUCCGCCUUCGCCCAUCUCCACGGAUAUGUUCUUUGACUGCUUCGUCCUCGCUGGACUUGCCUGCAUGCCCUCGCUACUCGUCUUCUCGUGCUGCCAGCUCAAAACGAAAAACAGAGAAGGAGGCGACCUCAAAGGAGUCCAAAAGCAAACACAGUCCUGUGGUUUCUACAGAAAACCUCAUCCCAGGUUCACAACGCAUGGCUGCGGGCGACGAGUAUAUCAAAGCAGAAGCUAAGAUGAAGGGCAUUCUGGAUGAAUUGCGCAAGUCUAUCAGCGCGAUGGAGAUGCGCGCAAGUGGUCGAGUGACCCCCUCAAUUCUCUCGCCCGUUCGCGUAAAUCUGGGGGAGAGGGGAGACAAUCUCAGGCUGGAGGAGAUUGCGACCGUCGGUGUAGUAGACGGCCGAACUCUGGUCGUGACCGUAUUCGAGGAAGAUACAUUAAAACACGUCGAAGGCGCGCUGUACAGCGCAAAGAUUCCUGGUGUGGUCCCACAUAGAUCAGACAGUCGGACGAUCAAAAUCCCAAUACCAAAAGCCACAGUUGAAGCGCGUCAUGCGGUGUACACCGUAGCACAGCGCAAGGCGGAAGAAGCUCGCAUGCGGAUACGCAAGCUGCACACACAGGCCAUUAAGAACUACGGCAAACACGCUCUUGAGCGAGAUGAACUCCAAUCACUGGUGAGCAAAUAUCUCGGGGAAAUAGACAAGUUUUUGGAGGAGGUCAAGAAAAGCACGGGUUCCAAAUAG